GCCACUCUAGCACUCUGCGUCCCACUAUUUCCACUGCUUUCCCAAAUUCUGUGGCAAUUUUUCCGGCAUUUUCCCUUUUGCCGCUUAUGUUUUGACACAAUUUCACUCAACCUAAAAAAUGGGCCGGCGACGCAGCCGGGAGCGCGGCCAAGAGCCACCAGCACCAGGCUGUGAGAGCGAAGACGAGAACGAAGCGAAGCCGCAGAAGAAGGCCAAGCAGCAGCAGCAGCAGCAGCGACCCAGCAAGGCAACCACCCGCGAUAGUUCCAGUUCAUCGACUUCCAGCAGCAGCAGCAGCAGCUCCAAGGAGAGCCGCAAGAGCAACCACAGUAAUGCCUCCUCGACGGCUGACAAAAAGCCAAAGCAGCAAAGCAGAAGUAAGAAGGCUUCAGCGGAUCAAGAGCGGGAGGAGAAGCGUUCCAAGCAGACGGAAGAGGUUCAAGAGCAGCGCUCCAAGUGGGACACACCCGAGAGGGGCAGCGGUGGCGGCUCCUCCCAUCGCAACAGCACGCGGCAGCGUCAGGAUAGGGACAGGGACCGGGACCGAGAGCAGCGUGACCGGGACAGGGAACGCAACAGGGAUAGGGAAAGGGACAGGGAAGGCGAACGGAAUCGUAACCGAGAGCGUGAAAGAGACAAUCAAAUGCGUCGGGAUCGCAGUGGACGAGAGCGCAGCAAGGAGCGUAGACCACGACCUCGAAGCAGGGAUCGGGAGCAACAACAGCCAAGAGAUCGCCAGCGGCGUUCCCCAGACCGUAGACCAGCUCGUCGCAGUCGGAGUCCCCGGGAUAGAAACCAACGCGGACGUGACUUUGGCCAGGAACGCAAUCGUAACCAGCGACGUAACGACCAACGCAAUCGCAACGAGGACGAAUCCUACGAGUGGGGCAAACAGGGCGGCGACAAAGAUAAGCCACCCAAAGAGGACGAAGAAGAACCCCUGGAAAAAGAGAAACCUAAUUUUGGUUUAAGUGGUGCCCUCACCGAGGACACCAACAAGGUCAAUGGCGUUGUGGUCAAAUACUCUGAGCCCCCGGAGGCACGCAAACCCAAGCGACGCUGGCGGCUGUAUCCAUUCAAAGGGGAAACGGCUUUGCCCACACUGCACAUACAUCGCCAGAGUUGCUUCCUGGUGGGACGUGACCGCAAGGUGGUUGACUUGGCCGUGGAUCAUCCCAGUUGCUCCAAACAACAUGCUGCCCUGCAAUAUCGUUUGGUUCCUUUUGAAAGGGAAGAUGGUAGCAGCGGUAAACGUGUACGCUUGUAUCUCAUCGAUUUGGAGUCGGCAAAUGGAACGUUUCUCAACAACAAGAAGAUCGAUGGAAGGAAAUACUAUGAACUGAUGGAGAAGGAUGUGAUCAAGUUUGGUUUUAGCUCGCGGGAAUAUGUUUUGCUGCAUGAGAAUAGCAAGGAGGAUCAGGAGGAUGAUGAUGUCCAUAUCAAGGAUGAGCCGCAGGAUGUGCCGCCAGUGGAGGAAGCAGUUAAUCCCUAGGGAGUCCCAAGUUUUCAUUUUUAUUUUUUUAUGAUUUUUUAAAUUUUAAUUCUGCUCGUAAAGCUUAAAUUUAAAUGCUUUUUUGUAACCUUUAACGUAGAACCUUAAACCCAGAGAGAGGGAGAGAAAGAGAGAGACAGAGAGAGAUGAUAACACAGUUGUAAAAAGUCUUAGCGGAACACGAUUUUACGUGUUCACUGCCAACAAA